GAGAAAUAAUACAUUUAUCAGUGGCAGUACAAAAUGGACAAUCCGAAGACGAUUUGGGAGUUUGCGCUCUAUGGUGACAUUCCGGCUGUCCAAGAUUUCCUCAAAACCAACGGAGACAUCAACUCCGUCGACGACCACGGCAAUUCUCUCCUCCACGCCGCAGUUCUAAACAAGAAAAUCGACCGUCUCAAGCUGGUCAAGUUCCUGGUAGAAAACAAAGCCGACGUCAAUCUUGUCAACCGAAACCAAAGAACCCCAAUAUGUGAAGCCGCCCUCGAAGGACACAUAGAAGUAGUCAAAUACCUCUUUGACAAUAACGCCGACAUCACCAUAGCCGACUCAGAAAGCGUGACACCUUUAUUUGCCGCGGUUUCCGGAAACCACCACCGCAUCGUCGACCUCUUGGCAAAAAACGGUGCCGAUGUCAACAUCGCCGACGUUCAAGGAAUAACCCCGAUUCACGAAGCCGCACUCAAGGGAAAUCUGGAAAUUGUCAAAAUCCUGCUUGACAAUAACUGCGACGUCAACGUCAAAAAUCGAGUGGGUGAUGGACCUAUCCAUAACGCCGCUUUCAACGGACAUAUUGCCGUUGUCGAACACCUGGCAGACGACAAUAUCCACAGAAGUAACGACAAUGGGUUAACGCCACUCCACCUGGCGGCCCAAAACGGUCAUUUAGACGUCGUUAGGUUUCUCGUAGCGAAAAAUGUCAAGAUUGACGUUCUUAGUCAAGAUCUAGUGUCACCGGUGUUCCUAGCUGCCCAAAACGGCCACUUCGAAGUUGUCAAGUUCUUGGUAGAACGCGGGGCGAGCGUUGACACAGCCGAUGAUCAAGGAGACACACCUGUCAUUGCGGCAGCAUCCGAGGAACACUUCGGCAUUGUCAAGUACCUGGUUGAGAAAAACGCCGAUGUCAAUAGUGUCAAUAAACGCGGCUUGACAACGCUGGCGCACGUGGUUGCGAGAAACAACACAUCGAUGGCGAAAUUCUUGAUAGAAAAAGGCGCCCUUGUCAACGAUAUCGUCAUAGAGGCGUCUAUACUAAAUAAAAAUGUCGAAUUAGUUAAAUUGAUUUUUGACAACUCAAAACCAAACGUGGGGCAUCUUUUGGUAGCAGCUCGCUCUGGAUGUUUAGAUAUCGUCAAACACUUACUCAGUUUCGGCUUCGACGCUAAUGCACGUAACGAAAACGGGCUUUCACCACUCCAUGUGGCAUCAACCUCAGGCUGUUUACCCCUUGUUGAGUUCCUAAUCAAAAAUGGUGCCGAUGUUAACUCAGCGACACCAGAGGGUGUUACAGCAUUGCAUGGAGCUUCGACCAACGGCCAUCUAGAUGUUGUCAAAGCUUUGGUGACAAAUGGCGCUGAUGUGAAUGUACCUGACCUCAAUAGAGUGACACCUCUGUACAUGGCUGCAGGUGUAAAAGAAGACAGUAGUGCUGUUGUUAAGUACCUAGUUGAGAAAAAAGCAAGACUAGACUCUGUGGAUACCCGUUAUGGGUAUACUCCACUAAUGGCAGCUUUAAUGACUGGAAAUGUGCAAAGUGCUAAAGUUUUGAUCGAGAGUGGUGCAGAUGUCAAGGUUCUGGAUCUUGGAGGAAAUAAUCUUCUGCAUUUUGCGAUAGCAAUACGUGAAUUUGAUUUGGUGAAGGUUCUUGUCCAGAGAGGGGUUGAUGGGUUGGGGGCCAACCAGAGCGGACAGACGCCGUUGUGGAUUGCAGAACAGACGAAACAGGAUGAAGUAGUUAAUUUUAUUAAAGAACAGCAUGCAAAUGGGUGUUGCUGUGUACUUAGUUGAAUAAGGAGUUUUUUUAUGUCACCUAAAUUAAUCUUGUCAAAACAAGAUAAGAUUGUGUGAUCGAUGGUAUCAAAGGGUACAUCGCAUUUCUGAUUUAUCGACGUUACAUAACCCAACCUGACAACAAUAUAUAAAUUCAUUCAUAUAUA